UAUUUUGCAUACAUUCAAAUAACUGUGAAACCCAUUGUCUACGUGGCUUUUUCGUUUUACCAUACUAGGAACACAAACCGCGUCGCAUCGAGUAGAUCUGUAUUGAUUAGUUCACCUUAAGACAAAUGUAAUCGCACGCAGAAUAACGGAUAUAGCGAUUACGCUGUUGUGUUUGAAAAUUCACCGCGAACCAAAUGAGCGUUCAUGUUUCAUUGCAGUUCUCUUUUAGACCUUUCCAUUCAAGAAGACAGUUACGGGAAUAUAUACAAUGGUAACAUGGUUAACAUAAGUUAAAGCUCAGUUUAAACAAAAAGUCAACCUCGCUUCAACCGGGUAGCAGCUAACGUUAACAUUUAUCGACCUGAGGGAUGUCGACAAAGAAACUUGCCAAGGAACUUGGGAUAAUACGAAAACGAAGUCAGAAUAAAGAAUCUGGUCAAACAACAAAACGGCCGGGCAAAAAACAAUAUUUUUCCUACCUUAUAAUAAUCGACUUCGAGUCCACCUGCUGGAGAGAGAAGAACAACUACGGACAAGAAAUAAUCGAAUUCCCAGCGGUUUUAUUAAAUACGUCCACCGGUGCGGUCGAGUCUGAAUUCCACACGUAUGUGCAGCCACAGGAGCACCCCUUCCUCUCCGAGUUCUGCACGGAGCUCACAGGAAUCACUCAGGCGCAGGUCGAGGCGGGCGUGCCCCUGGCCAUCUGCUUGUCGCGCUUCACCCGGUGGCUCCACUCGCUGCAGCAGGAGAGAGGGGUGGUGUUCUUGAAGGACGGAAAAGCCCCCCUCGCCCCUGGUUGCCCCUGUGCCUUCGUCACCUGGUCAGACUGGGACCUGGGAGUGUGUCUUCUGUAUGAGUGCAAACGGAAGCAGAUCUGCAAACCAGAGGUACUCAACAGCUGGAUCGACCUGCGGGCCACCUACAAGUUGUUUUACAACAGAAAACCAAAGGGACUGAAUGGAGCGUUGCAAGACCUGGGUAUAGAGUUCUCUGGACGAGAGCAUUCAGGUUUGGACGAUGCUCGCAACACGGCUCGGCUGGCCUGGAGAAUGAUGACCGAUGGCUGUUUUAUGAAGAUCACCAAGUCUCUGGAUCGGACACCGUUGAGAGCCAAGCCACUGUUUCCCAACAAGCCCGUCGACAACGAUCCCAGCAACCACCGUGAGCAGCACAGCAGCCAUGAUAAGAUGCAAGAGGGAGUCCGCAACCAACAACAACAACAGCAGCAGCAGCAUCGCUCUGAAAGUACACCGCUGGAAAUCUCUGCCAAGCCACCAUCAGAUGCCACGCGAGACACAACCCAUCGUCCGAAUGUCAACCAGAACCCCGGUGCCUACCAGUGCCAGAGCCUGGUAACUCCAAAGACGGUUCUCGGUAGCCUAUCCUCGUGCCUGUCCGUGGGUGGCAUGACUGGGUCAAUGACGAGACAGUACGGCGGUUGCGGCGCUCUAUCAAGAUCUAGUCUUUCGCCUCGGGCCACGGGACUGGUUCUGGUGUCGACCACAGUGAGCUCGCACACGGACGUGCUGGCCAAACAGCUGAACUUUGACCUCGAGGCCUCGGAGGUGGACUGGACUGACGGAGUGUUGCUGCCCGAAACGGAGGAGUCGGGUCCUUCCUACGAUGACGUGGUGCUGGAGGAGGAGGAGGAGGGGGGGCAGAACCUUGGUGAUGGGUACGGCCCAGAGGUCGCAACCAAUAGCGGUGUUUGUUGGAAGGGGCCUUGGAAGACUGCCUCGUCGUCGGCUUCUUCAUCUCUCCUCCCCCCUCCUGCUCCUUCAGACUCUGUGAGGGGACUGAGAGAGACCUCCACUAACCGGACAUCUUUACCCGUACUGAAAAAUCAACCACAGGCGACAAGUGAUGAUGCCUGUUUCAAAAUGCCUCCACCUGUCUCUGCUCCGACUGACAAUUACAGAUCAGUGCUACGCCCGUUUGUUCAUAAAACUACAACUCCCAGUGGCUCUGUUGCACACAGCUCCAUUUAUAAGCCUACAACUCCCAGCUUUUCAGCUACAAACAGCAACCCGCAGAAUACAACUCUUGGCAGCUUGGUUUCAAAGCACUCACUUCUUCAUAGUGCAACUCCCUGCAGUUCUGCUCCAAAGUAUGUCACUCAUAAAACUACAGCUCCUUCCAGUGGCUCUGCGUUGCCACUUUAUCACACAGUGCAGCGUGACUCUUCCAAAACUACAACUCCCAGCACCCCUUUCACCAUAUUCCAGGAUGUUGAAUCGCAGCCCUCUACCUCCAACAGAACAACAAAGACGUCCACUGGUGGCUCGUUCUCCGUCCCGCCCUCCGUUCUUUCCUCCAGCGUGAACCAGUCGUCUCUCCCGGCCUCGUCGAGGGCUGGGGGGCCCAGGAAGGCGGCGGCGGCGGCAGCGACGACUACGACCACGGUGACGUCGCCGCUGUGUGGCUGCGGCAGGCGGGCGAAGCGGCUCAGCGUGGGAAACGGCGGGCCGAACCACGGACGCGGCUUCUACUGCUGCCCCGUGCGCCGUUCGGGGCCUGGCGCCGCCGCGCCAAAGAAGGGCUGCGAGUUCUUCAAGUGGGAGUCUGCGCUGCUGGCCUCUCUGACCCCUGGUCCGUCCAAACAGAGACACGCCUCCUGCCCGCCCAGGCCUGCGUCGGCUUUGCCGAAGCUGCUCCGCUGACUGACUCCGCUUUUGAAACGGUUGAACGUCACCAGCCGAUGAUGACUGACCACUUUUGAAACGGCCUUCGUUCGUGUGAUGGCGUGUCACACGGGUAGUCUUGAGGUCCGUACGCAGUCAGGAACUAUUACACGCACGAUCCAAAGAUACUAUUAGUUUUAUUCUAACUUGGGCGAUGUGUGAAGACAAACAAUCGCCCAAGUGUGUUCAUGUUAUUUAAAAUGAAUAUUGAAUGUGUAUGAUCAUUUGUCAACUUGCGCAUUGUAAUUUAUUUUAAUAAUGAGUUUAUUACAAGACAACAUUUUAGAGUGUUUUAAGAAAUGCCAUGAUUUAAUUAUUGACACCUUUUGCAGAAGAAAUGUAAUUUUUACUAUAUGUGAUGGCAUCUGUGGUGCCAACUGAAAUAAUAAAAAAUCUAAUACUCAUUGAGCGUCAUGUUAAUACCUUUUGUGUCAUGAUUUACCUCUAUGGAUGGUACCGGUAUUGUAUUUUGAAACCAAUGUUUUGAUGGCAACCUGAAUAAAUACAAUGCAAUUCAG